CUCUCGUGGCGCUGUCCUUCAGCGGAGCCAUCGGGCUGACGUUCCUCAUGCUGGGGUGCGCCCUGGAGUACUACGGUGUAUACUGGCCUCUGUUUGUCUUAAUAUUUUACUUCAUCUGCCCCAUUCCCCACUUCAUUGCAAAAAGAGUCAGUGAUGACAGUGAUGCAGCCAGCAGUGCCUGCAGGGAAUUGGCGUAUUUCUUCACAACUGGGAUUGUUGUUUCUGCCUUUGGAUUCCCUAUAAUCCUGGCACGGGUUGAAGCGAUCAAAUGGGGAGCCUGUGGUCUGGUGCUGGCUGGCAAUGCAGUCAUUUUCCUUACUAUUUUAGGCUUUUUCCUUGUGUUUGGUUCACAAAAGAAGGAACUAUGCACAGGACACUUACAAUGUAGUACUGAAUUCUGUAUUCUUAUGUGUGAAAUGCCUGAAUUGUGA